UUAACAAGGACUGCAGAGAAUAGCCAGGCCAAUAAAAGGCCUGUUUUCAUGAGGAACCGGUAACGGAGGUUGUUUUUUUCCACUAAUGUGAAAGACAAAUGUCUCAUUUGCGGUGCUGCUAGCGUGUCAGUCGGUAAAAGAUGCAACGUCGAGCGCCACUUCACCAAAGUCCACUGCAACUUCUAAUGGGACUAUCCGGCUGGUAGCAGAUUGUGGAGGACUUGCAGGUUGCCAUUCAGACAGAAAACUGAGAUGAUAGAAGAGGCCUUUGCUGGGAUGUUUAUGGACACUCCAGAGGAUGAGCGGACCAAACUGAUCAGUUGUCUGGGAGCCUUCAGACAAUACUGGGGGACACUGCCACAGGAGUCUCAUGAACAGUGCGUGCAGUGGAUAGUGCGGUUUAUACACAGCCAGCACAGUCCCAAAAGGAUCUCCUUCCUUCACGACUGUUUAGCAAUGGCUGUGGAGACCAGUCUGUUACCUCCCAGGAUGGUGUGUGUAGCUCUGAUAAGCUCGGACAGUUUGGAAUGGGAGAGGACUCAGCUGUGGGCGUUGACUUUCAAACUGAUUCGCAAGAUCAUUGGAGGGGUGGACUACAAGGGCGUUCGAGACCUGUUGAAAGCUGUCCUGGAUAAAAUUCAAUCCAUUCCCAUCACGGUCAGCUCAGCUAUAGUCCAACAGCUUCUGGCCGCCAGAGAGGUGGUGGAGUACAUCCUAGACAGAAAUGCCUGCCUCCUGCCAGCCUACUUUGCCAUCGCAGAAAUCAGAAAACUGUAUCCAGAGGGACAGCUAUCACACUGGCUUCUAGGCAGUUCGAUAUCAGACUUUGAGAACAGUUUCAGACCCACAGCCAGAAUCAACUCUAUCUGUGGUCGGUGCAGCUUGUUACCAGUGGUGAAUAACAGUGGAGCCAUCUGUAACUCCUGGAAAUUAGACCCCACUACUCUCCGCUUCCCUCUGAGAGGCAUACUGCCAUUUGACAAGGACCUGUUUGAGCCGCAGACGGGCUUGCUGCGCUACGUUUUAGAACAGCCAUAUUCAAGAGAAAUGGUGUGCAACAUGUUAGGACUCAACAAGCAGACUCUGAACAUUGCCCAGCAGAAGCAGCGUUGCCCAGUGCUGGAGGAGCAGCUGGUGGACCUCGUGGUGUAUGCCAUGGAGCGCUCCGAGACCGAGGAGCACUUUGACGCCGACAUCGGAGGAACUAGCCAGCUGCUGUGGCAGCACCUCUCCUCCCAGCUCAUCUUCUUUGUGUUGUUUCAGUUUGCAAGCUUCCCUCACAUGGUGCUGUCGUUACAUCAAAAGCUUGCAUGCAGAGGUCUCAUUAAAGGUAGAGACCACCUGAUGUGGGUCUUGCUGCAGUUCAUAUCAGGAAGCAUUCAGAAGAACGCCUUAGCCGACUUCCUGCCUGUCAUGAAGCUCUUUGACCUGCUUUACCCAGAAAAAGAGUGCAUCCCAGUUCCAGACAUUAACAAGCCUCAGUCGACUCAUUCUUUUGCCAUGACCUGCAUCUGGAUCCACCUGAACCGCAAAGCCCAGAACGACAACUCCAAACUACAGAUACCCAUACCACACUCUCUGAAACUACACCAUGAGUUUCUCCAGCAGUCGCUGCGUAACAAGACUCUCUGCAUGUCCGACUACAAGAUCGCUCUGCUGUGUAACGCCUACAGCACCAACUCGGAGUGCUUCACUCUGCCGAUGGGCGUCCUGGUAGAGACCAUCUACGGAAACGGAUCUAUGAGGAUCAACCUACCCGGCACCAACUGUAUGGCGUCAGGGUCUGUCACCCCGCUGCCCAUGAACCUGCUGGAUUCACUCACAGUGCAUGCAAAGAUGAGUCUGAUCCACAGUAUCGCCACUCGGGUAAUAAAGUUGGCCCAAGCCAAAUCCAGCAACGCCCUGGCGCCCGCGCUGGUAGAAACAUACAGCAGACUGCUGGUCUACAUGGAGAUCGAGUCACUGGGCAUCAAAGGAUUCAUCAGCCAGUUGCUGCCUAACGUAUUUAAGUCUCACGCUUGGGGAAUCCUGCACACAUUACUGGAGAUGUUCAGCUACAGGAUGCACCACAUCCAGCCGCACUACCGAGUCCAGCUACUGAGUCAUCUUCACAGUCUGGCUGCUGUGCCCCAGACCAACCAGAACCAGCUGCAUCUGUGUGUUGAGAGCACAGCUCUGCGGUUGAUCACAGCUUUGGGGAGUUCAGAGGUUCAGCCCCAGUUCACCCGCUUCCUCAACGACCCAAAGACGGUUCUGUCAGCAGAGUCUGAAGAGCUGAACCGGGCCUUGAUCCUCACUCUGGCCAGAGCCACACACGUCACAGAUUUUUUCACAGGGUCCGACUCCAUCCAUGGGACUUGGUGUAAAGACAUCCUCCAGACAAUCAUGAACUUCACGCCUCAUAACUGGGCCUCACACACACUGUCCUGCUUCCCUGCUCCACUACAGGCGUUCUUCAAACAGAACAAUGUUCCUCAGGAGUCUCGAUUCAACCUGAAGAAGAACGUGGAAGAGGAGUACAGGAAGUGGAAAUCCAUGGCCAACGAGAACGACAUCAUUACUCACUUCUCCAUGCAGGGCUCACCCCCACUGUUCCUCUGUCUGCUGUGGAAGAUGCUGCUGGAGACGGACCACAUUAACCAGAUAGGCUUCAGGGUCUUGGAGCGUAUCGGGGCUCGUGCACUGGUGGCUCACGUGCGAACGUUUGCCGACUUCCUCGUCUACGAGUUCUCCACGUCGGCCGGCGGACAGCAGCUCAACAAGUGCAUCGAAAUACUCAACGACAUGGUCUGGAAAUACAACAUCGUCACCCUGGACAGACUCAUUCUGUGUCUGGCGAUGCGUAGCCACGAGGGCAACGAGGCUCAGGUUUGCUACUUUAUAAUCCAGCUGCUGCUGUUGAAGCCCAACGACUUCAGGAACCGAGUCAACGAUUUUGUCAAGGAGAACGCUCCUGAGCACUGGCUGCAGAGUGACUGGCACAACAAGCACAUGAGCUACCACAAGAAAUACCCAGAGAAGCUGUACUUUGAGGGACUUGCGGACCAAGUCAACCCUCCCAUGCAACUCCAGCCUCAGUACCUGCCCAUCUACUUUGGCAACGUGUGCCUGCGCUUCCUGCCUGUCUUUGACAUCGUCAUCCACCGCUUCCUAGAGCUUCUUCCUGUCUCCAAGUCUCUGGAAACGCUGCUGGACCAUCUGGGAGGGCUGUACAAGUUCCACGACCGCCCAGUCACCUACCUGUACAACACACUCCACUACUACGAGCGACAUCUGAGAGACCGAACCAACCUGAAGAGAAAACUGGUGCACGCCAUCAUGUCUUCACUGAAGGACAACCGUACCCCAGGAUGGUGCCUUAGUGAAACCUAUCUGAAGUUUGGCAUGAACGCCAGAGAGGACAACGUGUGGAUCCCUGACGACACCUACUACUGCAAGCUGAUCGGACGCCUGGUGGACACCAUGGCUGGCAAGUCACCCGGUCCCUUCCCCACCUGUGACUGGAGGUUCAAUGAGUUCCCCAACCCCGCCGCCCACGCCCUGCACGUCACCUGCGUGGAGCUGAUGGCUUUGGCCGUGCCGGGAAAAGACGUCGGCAACGCUCUGCUCAAUGUCGUGUUGAAGAGCCAACCCCUGGUUCCCAGAGAGAACAUCACAGCUUGGAUGAAUGCCAUUGGACUUGUGAUAACCGCACUUCCUGAGCCCUACUGGAUCGUCCUCCACGACCGCAUCGUGUCUGUGAUCGGCUCUCCGGCGCUGACCUCGGAGACAGAGUGGGCGGGUUAUCCCUUCGCCUUGCUGGACUUCACAGCCUGCCACCAGAGCUACAGCGAAAUGAACUGCAGCUACGUGCUAGCGUUAGCACACGCCGUGUGGCAUCACUCAUCCAUCGGACAGCUGUCUCUGAUUCCCAAAUUCCUGUCGGAGACGCUGAAGCCCGUCGUCCAGACAGAGUUCCAGUUACUCUACGUGUAUCACCUGGUGGGGCCGUUCCUGCAGCGCUUCCAGCAGGAGAGGACACGAUGCAUGUUGGAGAUUGGCGUGGCCUUCUACGAGAUGCUGCAGGCGGUGGACCAACAGUGCCAGCAUCUCAGCUACAUGGACCCAAUCUGUGACUUCCUCUAUCACAUUAAAUACAUGUACACUGGAGACAGCGUGAAGGAGCAGGUGGAGAAAAUCAUCAUGACUUUGCGUCCGGCCAUGAAGCUGCGACUGCGCUUCGUCACACACAGCAGCCUGACGGAGACUUCGUCAUCAGCUGCCGCCGCUGUCUCCGCUUCCUCGGCCUCCUCCUCCACCCCUCAGCCCCCCGCCUCCGCACUGUUAUUGUCCUCUGUCGCCGUCUCCUCGCCCUCCACACAGCACGCACACACACCUAUGUAGAUGAACACAAACACAGUUACAAUCACAAUGGACUUUUACAAACAUAACCACAUCUAGGGCUGCUCGACUAUGGCAAAAACGAUUACGAUUACUUUGGUCAAUACUAAGAUCACGAUUAUUUUACACAUCGAUUUUGGAAACAUGCAUUUAGAAAGAAAAUGUUGUCGGCCACAUUUUAAAGUUAAAUGCAUCCAUCUGGUGCACCUUGAGAGCUGAAUUAACAUUAAGAUCUACGAAGAACUUUGCGCUCUAGUAAAAAACGUUAUCAUAAACACAUCGGUUGUAUAGAUAUGAAUGGUGAUGACGCGGCAAAAAAGUCUUACACCCACAAAGCAUGGCAAACGAGACGGGGUCCAUGUUUGAAGACGGGUCAAGUGGGUUGCUGACAUCGCCACACUGUUGACAGUCACGCAGGGAGAGAGAGGGCACAGCGAGGUCCGGACGCUAGAUUACGAAUCCUCCGAAUGAGGGGUGCUGUAAAACGCCAACUUCCCCCUUAGGCCCCAGGAGGAUGAAAAGAGGAGAUGUCACGCGUCAUAUCUUUAGGAUACAACACAUGCGCAGUAAAAUCCGAUCUGCACUCGCCGAUAGCCAAUAGCAACGCACGACCGCAGCUCCAGUUACACUGCGCAGGUGUUAUACCCCAGAUCUCAAAACCGUGUCCAAGUCGACUUAGAGCCGGUAGCGCCGCACCACUACGGGGGACAUACACCCGGCAAGGGCCAGCCAGCGCACGAGGGAAUCCUCCCACACAAAGCGGUCAUUCCUGAAAGCACACCGCUGUAAAGGAAAGGGGAGCGCUGGAUUUAUAACAAAAGAGAGAAAAAGAGCAUCAUUGCGAAACAAUAAUCCUUUUAUGUCGAUUAUCUUGUUUUCGUAAUCGUUGGAAGCCAAAAAUCGCGUUUGAAAUUCGAUUAAUUGCACAGCCCUAACCACAUCACAGACCUAAACAUUUUGUUUCUGAGUUUUCAGUUCUUCACUUCUCCCAAAGUGAAAAAUCCCAGAUUUCAUAAUGAAUCACUUUGACAAAAGUCAGAGGUACUGAUUUAUUUAUCUCGGAAAUGAAGGAUCUCUAGCAAAACAUGUAGUGAAUUCUGAGAACAGGCAUCUCUAUUAACCCGCACAGUAACCGGCAGCUCAGCUCUGUGUAUCUGCUGCAUUCAGGAGGGUGACAAAGAUACAUUUCUUGUUAAUACCAUGGCUCUGUUUGUAGUCAAUUUUUAUAUUGUACAUAAUUAUCAGUUCAAUAAAAAAAGAUUUUGGUAAUCUG